AUGGGUUACAAUACAAGUGACCACGUGGAGAUCAUUAAUAGACUCAUGGUAGAUGGCGCCAUCGAUGGAGACAAGGUUCUCGAGUAUUAUGGAGGUGUGCUUGCACAACUCGAAGAAAUCAUUGUACGCGAGAAUCUGGUGACACUGCCCGAACGGGAGGCUGGCAUUCGAGUCGCCUCGGCCGCUGAGACUGCGGCAUUCCCUGUUCCUUACGCGGAGUUACCCCCAUUGAUCAACAACACUGGUGAAUUCCCAUACUUUGUGUUGCCCUUGAUAGAGCAGAAUGAAGACGGUACUUGGCAGAAGAACGGAUUUGUCUACGAAGCCUUUGCUUGGACUUUGACUGCACACGAAGCUCGCCCUGGUCAUGAAAUGCAAUUCUCGGCCAUGAUUGAAUCCGGGGUGUCUAAUGCCCGCGCCAUUUUUGCCGUCAACUCUGCUACUACUGAAGGUUGGGGCGUGUAUUCGGAAUGGACGAUUAUGUACCCGUACAUGCCCAUUGAGGCCCAGCUUUGUAGUCUUCAAUCCCGUUUAUGGCGUGCGGCUAGGAUGUUCCUGGACCCACAGCUUAACCUGGGCUUGACUACACAAGAAGAAGUCUCCAGGGUAUUCGUCGAAGAGGUUGGACUUACCGAGGGCCAGGCCCAGGCUGAAGUCAACCGCUACACAUUUCAGAUUCCUGGCCAGGCCACAGCCUACACUUACGGUUUCCUGGAAUUGCAGGAGUUGCGUGCCGCAGUCGAGCUCGAGCUGGGUGAUUCAUUUGACCAACAGCCCUUCCAUGACUGCAUUCUAGCGCAGGGCAUUCUUCCCUUCGACAUCUUGAAAUCGGGGGUCAUGGAAGAGUUUGUCCCAAGUGUGAUGGCUUCUGAGGAAACAGAAUCAGAUUCGAGUUCUUCUACCAAUUCCCGGACAAUGGCGCUGCGUACACGCAGUACAACUCUUGCUUUCAUUGUGCUUUUGCUGUGGUGGUAUUGA